CACAGUACACAACCCCGUGGCGUCGCCUAGACGAUGCGACACGUCGGUAUCCCUUCAGCGGGUACGCGCCAGCCCCCUGGACCUGUCCCCACGACAGUGUGGCGACACACCGAGACAUUCCGACAGCCAACAUGGGAGAAAAAUAGUGGGACCUGUUGUUGUUCUGGCUGGAAAGGAAAAAGAGAAGAGAGAAAAACUCUUCUUUGAAGGCAAAGCAAUCAUUCCAUGACAGGCAUAGAUGGACUCCCUAUAUGACAAGCUGGGGAAUGGGUGGCUUCGUGGAGCCGGGGAAUGCGCGUCUUAUUCUUACUGGACUCCUGCUCACCUCGAAAUCCGUUGGCUGCGCGUCUUCGUCCAUCUGCCUCGGACUGCUUCGGGAUUGCGAACUGCAAGACCGGUGGGGGCUCGAUCUCUCAACAUUCAUCUCAACAACGUCCAUGGGCGCCAACGCACGACUGUGGCGUGCAUGCAUCGGCCCCCACCACCCAUCCACUUGUUGCGUGCGGCGAGGGUAGCUACGGCGGAGAUGGCGACACCCAGUCCAAGUAUAAAAUCUCCCCUGGUUUUUGCUCAACGAUCCCUUUCUCUCUACUCUUUUUUCAGGCUUUGCUCCUCCCAUCUUUUGUCACUCCCUCACCAGUCACACUCCUUGUUUCAAAGGCCUUCCUUUGUGAAGACCUGCCCUUCAUUCAUUCUCUGCGAGAAUCACACAAUCCUUUAUCCAAUUCAACAACACAUUCAUUGUAGAGCAAGGACUCUGUCGUCGGUCGUUUUCACAAGAAGCUUGCUUCCUCAACUCAUUUCACCAAGUCGAACCAAAACAAGAUACCCAUAAAUUCGCACCCGUCGUUGAAUCAUACCCCAACCACCAUAUCCUCCACCAUCAUGUUCUCCUCCAUCGCCAUCGGCUUGUCCCUCGCCGCCGCCGCCUCCGCGGUAGGCAUCUCCGUCACUCCCCACGACAAAUACUCGUCCU